GACACGACCAAAUUCUCAGAGCUCGAGCUCAAAAGCUCGGAACUUGCACCCCACCCAUUGUCACCCUCCUCCUCCUCCUCCUCCUCCUCCUUCUUUGAGAGAGAGAGAGAGAGAGAGAGAGAGAGAGAGAUGGGUAUAGGGAUAGUGGAGCCCAACACGUGCGUCAGAGGUUGCUGCUCCAGCCGAUCCAUCCCUCUCCACCUCCCUCCUUCUUCCUACUCCCUCCUCUCCCCCAUCGCUCGAGGGGCCGAGAGCGUCGUGUACGAGGCCGUCCUGGAUGGCAAGAGGGUCGCCGUCAAGAAACCCUUCUUGGCCACUUCCGACGACAUCGACAAGUUCCACAAGGAACUCCAACUGCUCUGCAAGCUGGAUCAUCCCGGCAUUGCGACUCUCCUUGCUGCCCACGCGAAGCCGCCCAACUACAUGUUCUUCUUCAAAUUCUACGAGUCCCCGAACCUCGCUGAUAAACUACAUGUCGAGGAGUGGAUCCCCGAUCUCGAUCAUGCGCUCGCGAUUGCCAUGCAGCUAGCAAAGGCUUUGCAGUAUCUUCAUAACCAGGGGAUUGUCCAUAGGGAUGUGAAACCUGCAAAUAUUCUUCUUGACAAAGAGUCCUCUCCACACCUAGCUGAUUUUGGUUUGGCAGCAUACAGGGAACAUCUUAAAGAAGUUUCUAUUGAAACCUGGAAGUCUUCUGGCAAGCCAACUGGUGGCUUCCACAAGAAAAAUAUGGUUGGCACCCUUAUCUACAUGGCACCUGAAAUAUUAAAGAAAGAGAUACAUACUGAAAAAUCGGAUGUCUACAGUUUUGGAGUAUCUAUAAAUGAACUUCUUACUGGCGUUGUCCCGUAUACUGAUCUCCGUGCAGAAGCACAGGCCCAUACGGUACUUGAGAUGAACUAUAGUGAACAGCAACUUACUGCAGCUGUUGUCUCUGAUGGGCUCCGACCAGUUCUUGCUGGUCUGGAGUUGGGGUUGCCGGAGAGUCUAUCAUCAUUAAUACAGAGGUGUUGGGAUGGGAAUCCUUCUUAUAGGCCUUCGUUUGAUGACAUAGUGGCAGAGCUUGAGGCAAUCUUGCAAGGCAGAAAAAUGAUGAAGAAAGAGCACGUGAUUCAUAGUACUAACACCUCCUUUAAAGAUGAGACCAGUGUUCGAACUUAUCAAGAGAGUGUGAACUGGUCCCUUCAGGGAGAACAUUUGUCCAAGAGAGCUUCUUUUGCAGCUGAUUCUGCUGUAAGAUUUCCGCUUGAUGGUUCCAAUGAUCCUUCCGGAUAUUGCCCUACUCUUUCUUCAGGUUCCUUUGCGACAUGUGGGAGAAGGGAGACCAUGGAGGAUAUUCAUUUCCUUUUACCUAACAUUGGGAAUCAGAAGGAUAUACAUAUCUUUGGCAUCUUCGAUGGUCAUAGAGGUGCAGCAGCUGCUGAGUUCUCAGCUCAAGCUUUGCCUGGAAUUUUGCGGAGUUUUAGUCCUACAAAAAGUCCUCCCGAGGCAUUGCUGGAAGCAUUCAUCAAGACGGACGUUGUGUUUAGAAAUGAAUUGAAUACCUAUCGGAAGUCCAAGGGUGUAAUCCAGAAAGACUGGCAUCCUGGUUGCACUGCGAUAGUUGCCCUCAUAGUCAGAAACAAGCUUUAUGUCGCUAAUGCUGGCGAUUGCAAAACAAUCUUAUGUCGAGCCGGUAGACCUAUUGCUCUUAGUAAGGAUCAUGUUGCAAGCUGCCCUGAAGAGAGAGAGCGCAUCGUUAAUGCAGGAGGGCAAGUUAAAUGGCAAAUUGAUACAUGGCGAGUCGGUACUGCUGCACUCCAGGUUACUCGCUCCAUCGGAGAUGAUGAUCUGAAGCCUGCUGUAACUGCUGAACCCGAGAUUACUGAAACUGUUCUCUCUGUGGAGGACGAGUAUCUGGUGAUGGCUAGUGAUGGGCUAUGGGAUAUCUUGACCAGCGAAGAGGUCAUAAGCAUCAUCAAAGACACGGUUAAGGAGCCGAGCAUGUGCUCCAAGAGAUUGGCAACCGAAGCUGCUGCACGGGGUAGCAAAGAUAACAUCACCGUCAUCAUCAUCUUCCUGCGACCUGUCUCCACUGCCGAGAGAAUAUAUUAGGCGCGAAACCCAUUCUUUGCGGAGCUCCAGGCGGUAUGAAGAAACAGAGAUAGACCGAGAAGCAACUAUUUAACUACUAGAAUAAGGAGAAGAUUCUUACUUAAUUCUUUGUCAAGGAUUGAUAGUGCCUGUGGCAUUGAUUCGUGUGAUUGGUUUCAUUAGUUCGUCUCUUCUUGAUCGAUGCAUUUGUUGAGCCAAGAUUAUACCUUAAGAGGAAGAAAAAGCAUUGCCUAUGAUGCUGAUUUGAUGACUA